AUGGUUGCUCUAAAACUAGUCCAGCAAUCCAACGCCCGCCUCACGAGUCUCCCCAAAGGCGCCGUAGCCCUUUUCAUCGGUGCAACGUCCGGCAUAGGCCAGAGCGCCCUUCAAAACUUUGCAAAACACGUCCCGUCGCCGCGCAUAUACACCGUCGCCCGUCCGCAGUCGGCCCCCUCGCACGAGGCCCUCCUCGACGACCUCCGAAAAUCCAGCCCGGGGGGUACUUACACCCUCAUCACCGCCGACGUCUCCCUCAUCUCCGAAGUCGACAGGGUCGUCGAAGAAAUCACCAGGACGGAGACGAAACUCGACUUCCUCGUCAUGUCCGCCGGCUUCAUGGCCUUCGAGGGCCGCGUAGAUACACGCGAGGGCCUCGACCCGUCCAUGACGACGCGGUAUUACUCGCGCCUGCGAGCCGUGUCGCGGCUCCUCCCGCUGCUCAACAACCCCGGCGCGGAGAGCCCCCGCGUCUUGUCGGUGUUGGCCGGCGGGAAGGAGGCGUCCAUCAACGAGGACGAUCUCGACCUUCGCCGGCCCGGAAACUGGGCGUACUGGCCCGCGUCGGUGCAGAGUGCUACCAUGGGCACGCUGGCGCUGGAGAAGCUGGCGCGGGAGAACCCGCGGGUGAGUUUCGUGCACUGGUAUCCCGGCCCCGUGUCGACGAGGGGCCUCGCGAGGUCGAAGAGGUUCGGCAUGGCGCCCCCGAGCGAGAUGAGCCAGGAGGAGUCCGGGGAGCGGGCGUUGUUCCUGGCCACGAGUGAUCGGUACGUUGUUGAGGGUGGGGGGAGCCUCGCGCCACUGGUUGAGGGGUUGGAGAUUGCGAAGAAGUCUGGUGGGGGUGUCUUUUUGGUUGAUCCUCUAGGAGACAGCUCUGACAACGAGAGUAUUUUGGCUGAUUUUAGGUCGAGGGGAGUUGAUGAAAAGGUUUGGAGGCACACGCUGAAGAUCUUUGAUGAUUGCGUGGUUCAAGUCUAG